AUGCGAUUCCGUCAAACAAGCAGCCUCGUGGCCGCGGCCAUUGGAGUCAUGAGCUCCGCUGCCGCUUUCGAGAACAAUGCUUACGACUACAUCGUCGUCGGUGGUGGUCCAUCUGGUAUCAUCGCGGCCGAGAGAUUCGUUGAAGCCGGUCACAAGGUCUUGCUUCUUGAAAGAGGACCCGGCUCGACCGUUUCCACCGGCGCCAAUAACACGCUGCGCUGGGAUCACAAUCUGACACCAAUCGACGUCCCUGGACUGUCCGGAGACAUCGCAACCUACGAUCUCUGGAACGAAUAUUUGUGCACCGACACUGCUGGAUACGCCUCCUGCGCGCUUGGCGGUGGUGUUUCAAUUAACUACAUGGUCUUCGUCCACCCUCCAGACCACGACUUUAACGAUAAAUGGCCUCAGGGAUGGAAGUGGGAAGAUGUGGCACCGGCGGCGGAAAGAUUAUACCAGCGGAACCCUGGAAGCACCUUGCCUUCUGCUGAUGGCAAGUAUUACGACCAGGGACUGUACAAUGUCUUCUCGAAUUUCUUGGACAAUCUUGGCUGGAAAUCCGUCGACAUGAUCGCCCAGCCGAACGAGAAACACCAGGUCUACAGUCACCCGGCAUGGAACAUCAAGGACCAAAUGCGUGCUGGCCCUGUCCGCACUUAUCUCCCUCUGAUCCAGCACAAUGACCGGUUUACCCUGAGCCUCGGCACCAAAGUCAUUCGUCUAGUCCGUUCAGGAAGCCAGGUCACCGGAGUCGAAGUCGAGACUGCUUCUGGUCAAACCGAAAUCAUCACGCUGGCCUGUAAUGGCCGUGUUGUUCUUGCUUCAGGAGCUCUCUCCACACCGCGUGUACUUUUCAACUCCGGCAUCGGUCCAAAGGCGCAGAUUGAAACGGCUCAGAAGUCUGGCGUCACGGUUCCUUCUCAGGAAGAAUGGAUCGAUCUGCCCGUGGGCGUUGGCCUCAAAGAUCACAACAUCUUUUCCCUCACCGUCAAAACCAACGGAACCUUCGGCUUGCUCGACUCCUCAAGCGUCCUGAACGGAAGUGACGUUGCCAACAUCUCUCAAUACAAAAAGCACAACGGCGUUCUGACUCAAGGCAAGCAUCGCUUGAUCUUCCAUACUUCUAACGAGGUCGACGGCCAAACCCGCUACUACCAGGGCUCCUGCGCCCCCGACGACGACAGCACCAUCAGCCUCAGCGUCUAUAUGACCCACGGCCUAACCUCAUCCGGCAUUUUGGGAAUCAAUGAAAAAGGAAAGACUGUCACGGAGAAGUCGCCGUAUAUGCAGACCGCCGGAGACCGCAAAGCCGCCAGGAUCUUCAUCCAACAACUCGUUGACGACCUCACGGCACCUUCCACCGGCUUCAAACUAGAAUCGUACACCAAUGUCUCUGCAGUUGUCGAGGCGCACAGCCCUGGUGGGCACUACACUGGCACGGCCAGGUUGGGAACGGAUGACGGCCGCAACGGUGGAUCGGCAGUUGUUGAUACUAAUGCCAAGGUAUAUGGCAUGGACAAUCUGUACAUUGUCGACGCUAGUAUUCACCCUGAUGUCCCUACCGGUAACACAAUGGCCAUUACGAUGGUCGUCGCUGAGGCAGCAGUUUCUAAAAUACUCGCUCAGAACUAG